GGCCUUUUCCACGUCGAUUGUCGUCCGCCGGUUGUCGUCCGCCGGUUAUUCGCUGAGGAAGAUAGGAAAGCAGAGAAAGGGACAGCCAUGAGCAGAGAGCUGUUGACGGCCAUCUUAGAGGCCUGCAAUGACUUUCAUGUCUUCCUGACCAAAGACCUGCAGGGACAGGCACUGGCUGCAGAGGUCGAAGGUCGACGGAAGCAGCUGGUAAUCUCAAUCAAUGGGGUACUGAGCAAGAUAAACUCCGCCCACCCCUCCAUCCGUCCUCGUCUCUACACCCCAACCACCAACGGUCCACAGCCACCUGCAAUUGGGAAGAAACCAGCUUCCAAACUCCCUCCCUCUGCCCCUGAUGAGGGUCAGGAGAUGUACAUAGAGUGUGAGCCUCAGGACAAUCCAGAAGACUACCUCACAUUCACCAGUCAGAACGGAGAAGAGGAGGGGGAGGGAGGACCGCAGGAGAUGUAUGAAGCCAUGGCAAACACAGACGAACCUCUCGACCUCUACGAGGACCCAGGUCUCUGUUCCAUGUCUCAGAAUAGAGAAUGGAAUCAUUGUCUCUCCCCCCACAGUGCAAGGAGUCAUCUCACCAUCUGGAGAAGUGUCUCCCAUCCCCCAGCAGCCCCCUCUUCCUGGCCCCAAGAAUGACGACAGACCACAGGACGUGUACGAAGAACCCAUCACAUCUCCCCCUCCUCCCACAAUCCCCACUCCCACCCCUCCCCCCUCUGCUGAGAACAGCGGCUCCGGGGCGGUGUACGCCCGCACCCAGAUAAUUGCAGGGGCACCUCCCACUAACGACACGGCAACUGAGUGGAUAUACGACACCACCAAGAAGGACGAGAAGAAGCUAAAACCGAGUCAGUUGGAGAACGUUCUGUGCAAGGGAAACUUGGAGAAACUUGGAGGAAAGAACAAGAAGACAUGGCAAGUGAGGUUCUGCGCCCUAGCUGGCCCAUUCAUGUACUUCUACGAGAAAGAGUCGAGCAAAACCUACAGGAAUCGGAUCGUGUUGCCGAUGUACACCGUGGCAGAGGCUCCUGAACACACCAAUGCCAAGAAACGGCACUUUGCCUUCAAGUUGACACACACGGACCAGGGAGGGAUGAAGAAAGACUAUUUCUUCAGGUCCAGUAAGAGGGAAAGUUGCGAGACCUGGGUCCAGGCCAUGAGGAGCCUCAACGAGAGGACAACCAUCACUCCACAACACGUCCUCGUGACUACAUCCACUGCAGAGGGUGGAGCAUCUGGGGCUGAUGUUCAACAGGAGAUGUACGAGCCAAUAGAUCCGAUGACCAUGAGUGAUGAGGAGGUAGAGGAAGGGGAAGAUGAUCCAGAAGACUACGUGGAUGUAGUCCCACCACCUCUAGAGGACCAGGAGGAGUAUGUCGAUGUUCCUCCACCCACUGUGGAGGACGAUGAUCAGGAGAACUAUGAUGACAUGGCAGAUCUGCGAUCCCCGCUUCCUCCCCCAAUCCCUCCUCCUCCCUCCAAAACCCCGGCUCCCUCGGUCACACGUCGUCAACCAGACUCUCCCGUGGACACCAGCAAGGUCUACAGCCAGUAUCCCAACGGAAUCAACCUCCAGAAUGUGUUUGUGGCACUCUGGGAUUUCUCAAGCUCCGCCAGAGACGAGCUGAGCGUCCAGCGAGGAGAUCUGGUGCAUGUGGUGGACCCUAACCCCAAGGUCCAGUGGUGGGCCAGCGAGGCUCUUGACCAGAACGCUGCAAGCAAGACUGGUUUGUACGGCUUCCUCCCCUCCAACUACGUUGAGGCUGCGUUCGAGCUGGUCUGAACCCCUGACUUCUCUUCUCCUUCUCCCCCCACACACGUAAUCACUGCUGAUUCACAAUGUCAAUGCAGCUGUUGUUUUGUAGCAAUAAAAUUCUCAACUGAUAUUUUUUCACUUUCAGUAUUUGUAUGUGUAUGUGUAUGUGCUAUGAUUUUUCAAAUGGGACAGGUGGAAUUGUUUGCGAAAGAGGACAAACUGGUGACAACAGAACAACAUUAUCUCCUCUGACAAAUAGUUUGUCUAAAUGUCUGUAUUGUCCGCCGUCUUGGGCUGGCUCCUGAGCAGGUGUUGUCUUGUGGCGCUGUCUUCUUCUCUGAGAUCUUGGCUGGAGUCCUCCAUUGGCUACUGUCCUCAGAGGAGAGAAUCUUUCACUGACAUCUCCAAGAACCUGUCGCAGUCACAACCAUAGAUUAGACUACACAAACUAAAUCUAAGUAGUCGUAACGUCAGGGAAACUGGUCACUGAAGAAGGAAAGUUCUCACUAGGUUAAGGUGCUGGUCGAAGGCAAGAACGGUUCCCUCACACUCUCCCCUUACUCCUGCACAAUGUCUCACCACCACCUUCACUCUCACUCUCUCCUCCCGGCAUCUCUGCACCAGACACAGCGGGCCUGAGGUCGGACCAUGGUGGAGAUGACCGACUUGACUGUCCUGACCAGCCGCUGUCUGCUGGAGAGAGGGACUGCGGCUCUCGCGCCCUGUUUCCUUGGCUGUUCUUGCAGCUGCCCCCGGGAGCACGCCGCCGACUGAGACGGAGGUUUCCGUGAAGUUCCGCGGACAACGGAAGCAUAUUGCUCUAAGUUGUCACAUGGCUGCACUUCCGGAUACGGGAGUUGGAUCUUAGAGGGACUGGUUACCAGAGCUUUCUCAGCAGAGAACUGAGAAGACAGAAAAUCUAGACUUGGGUCUGGAGAAUUGUCUUGCUGCAUUCU